AUGCGAGAAAAAAAUGUCCAAUGUCUUGGAGAUGGGAGUUUUGAAAUACUAAGGGCCUGUCUCACCAAAUUGGAAAUUGAUAACAAUCUAACAUGUUCACUAGUAUCAUCGAUUCUAGCUAUAGGGGCCGCAUUAAGCGCGUUGCCAGCUGGUGUGUUAGUCCAGCGCAUUGGUAGACGGCCGACUAUAUUGCUGCUUGCUGUACCCUUCAUGGUCAACUGGUUAUUGACAAUUUUCGCCAACGGAGCUGGUAUGCUGAUCGCAGCUAGAUUCUUCGCUGGUAUUGCUACUGGUGGCAUUUGCGUAACAGCACCGAUGUACAUCGGUGAGAUAGCAGAGACCUCUAUCCGAGGGUCUUUGGGCGCGUUCUUCAAAGAUGUGGAUGAUGCAGCAAGACAACGUGCUGGUAUGCUGAGCAUGCUUACAAACAAGGCGUCCCGUAUGGCGCUGGUAUGCGGCCUUGGACUCAUGUUCUUCCAGCAGUUCAGCGGCAUCAACGCUGUUAUCUUCUACACCAACAACAUCUUCCAAUCCGCUGGCUCCAAUAUACCACCAGCUAUCGCCACAAUUAUCGUGGGCGUUGUCCAAACUAUCGCCACCUAUAUAUCUUCUUUAUUAGUUGAAAAAGCUGGAAGACGUCUUCUUCUUCUCCAGAGUUGUAUUAUAAUGGGUCUUUGUCUUAUCAUUCUUGGUACUUAUUUCAAACUUCAAGCGGGUGGAGCUAGUGUUGCGUCGUUCGGUUGGCUUCCUUUAGUUUGUUUAGUCUUGUUUAUUAUUUCGUUCUCUUUAGGCUUCGGUCCCAUACCUUGGAUGAUGAUGGCUGAAUUAUUCUCUGUUGAAUUUAGAGGUUCCGCGUCUGGGAUUACUGUGGUCGCUAAUUGGUGUUUAGUGUUUAUUGUUACACUCUGCUUCCCCUUGAUGAAAGAUGCGAUCGGUAUUUACAGUUGUUUCUGGUUUUUCGCCGCGUUUAUGGUUAUCUGUGUGUUUUUCGUUUUCUUUUUAAUACCAGAGACAAAGGGGAAGACUGUGUCGCAGAUUCAGGCGAUUUUAGGCGGGAAGAAUGUUUAGAGGUUAGUUUUGUUAGUUAUAUUUUAGUUAAGAAAUCGCUCGUUCUGUACAUUUGAUGUUUUUAUGAUUGAGACUUUGUAUGUUUUAUUUUUUAUAUUUGGAAAAAUCGCAUUUCUUUGAUGCAAAGAUCAGUCCAAAAUAUUCGAAGACAUGAAUUAUUAUAUUAAUUAAAUGUGUGUAAUAUUUUAUUUUAUUCAUUGUGGUUGUCUUUGACGAACAAAUCUAAUUAUUAUAACCCAUGUUUUUAA